UAGUUAGUAAUACUAUUCCAAUUUCCUUGUCUACCCAUCUUACAAUUAUUUGAUUCUGCAACUCCAUUUCCUGUUAACUCUUUCUUUCAAUCUCUACAAUUUAACCAUCAUUUUCCCAUCUGUCCUUGCUAUAUUUUUCUUUUCUUCUCCCCAUAAACACUUACACACUUAUAUCAAUGACAAAUCAAAUCUCUAUUACAUGUUCUGUUUUGGUUGGUGUUCCUUACUCUUCAAUUAUACCCUUCAUUUUCUAUCUAUAGUAACCCUUUUUCUCUCUUUUGUUCCAACAAUAGUACUGCUUUUGCACAAAGAUUGAGGCUUUUUAUUCAGAAAAUUCUUAAAGUUAUUGGGUAUUUCAGUUGGAAGCUUGGCUUUGCUCAAAGAUUUUCAUCAGAAUGUCUUCUUCAACGCCAAGUCAAGGGUCCAGUAAUUCUGGACGCUCGAAACACAGUGCUAGGAUUAUGGCUCAGACUAUUGUUGAUGCAAAGCUUCAUGCAGAUUUUGAGGACUCCAGCAGUGAUUUUGACUACUCUAGUUCUGUUCGUGCUACUAGCUCUGGUGGAGGAAAACAGCCUCCUAGGUCCGAUAAGGUUACCUCAUCUUAUCUCAUGCAGAUACAGAAAGGAAAACUAAUUCAGCCUUUCGGAUGCUUGCUUGCCCUCGAUGAGAAGACUUUUAGGGUAGUUGCGUAUAGCGAGAAUGCCCCAGAAAUGCUUACAAUGGUUAGCCAUGCUGUCCCAAGUGUAGGGGAUCAUCCGGUAAUUGGGAUUGGAACUGAUGUGAGGACUAUAUUCACUGCUCCAAGCGCUUCUGCGUUGCAAAAGGCGUUAGGAUUUGCCGAUGUAUCUCUUUUAAAUCCAAUCUUAGUUCAUUGCAAAACAUCCGGGAAGCCUUUCUAUGCGAUCAUCCACAGGGUAACAGGCAGCUUGGUCAUUGACUUUGAACCCGUGAAGCCGUAUGAAGUUCCCAUGACAGCUGCUGGUGCCCUGCAAUCGUACAAGCUUGCAGCCAAAGCAAUUACUCGUUUGCAAUCUUUGCCGAGUGGAAAUCUCAGCAAACUUGUUGAUACCAUGGUUCAGGAGGUGUUCGAGUUGACAGGAUAUGACAGGGUAAUGGCAUACAAAUUUCAUGAUGAUGAUCACGGAGAAGUUGUGUCUGAGAUUACAAAACCUGGCCUCGACCCAUACCUAGGAUUGCAUUAUCCAGCAACUGAUAUUCCACAGGCUGCUCGAUUCUUGUUUAUGAAAAAUAAAGUUCGUCUGAUAUGUGAUUGCCGCGCAAAAUAUGUGCAGGUGAUCCAGGACGAGAAGCUUCCUUUCGACUUGACUCUAUGUGGUUCAACGCUCAGAGCGCCACAUGGUUGUCACGCUCAAUACAUGGAGAAUAUGAACUCUAUUGGAUCCUUAGUUAUGGCUGUUGUUGUCAACGAUGAGGAUGAAGAAAACAAUGGCUCUACUCCACAGCCCCAACAAAAGAGAAAGAGGCUAUGGGGUUUAGUUGUCUGCCAUCACACGUCGCCAAGGUUUGUCCCAUUCCCUUUGCGUUAUGCAUGCGAGUUUCUGGCUCAAGUAUUCGCCAUCCAUGUGAAUAAAGAACUAGAGUUGGAAAACCAAUACCUCGAGAAGAAAAUCCUCAGAACUCAGACUCUUCUCUGUGAUAUGCUGAUGAGGGAUGCUCCGUUAGGUAUAGUAACGCAAAGUCCAAACAUUAUGGAUCUUGUCAAGUGUGAUGGGGCCGCACUUUUGUACAACAAUAAGUUAUGGAAACUUGGGGUCACUCCAACCGACUACCAAAUUAAAGAUAUCGCUGUGUGGCUGUCCCUUGAUCACAAAGAUUCGACAGGGUUAAGCACGGAUAGUUUGUACGAUGCUGGGUAUCCAGGAGCUCUUGCUCUUGGGGAUUCUGUGUGUGGGAUGGCUGCUGUCCGAAUUACGAUGAAAGAUAUGCUCUUUUGGUUCCGGUCCCACACUGCUGCGGAGAUUAAAUGGGGUGGUGCUAAACAUCAUCCAGGUGAGAAGGAUGAUGGAUCGAAGAUGCACCCAAGAUCAUCAUUCAAGGCUUUCCUUGAGGUUGUGAAGAACAGGAGUGUACCUUGGAAGGAUUUUGAAAUGGAUGCAAUCCAUUCAUUGCAGCUUAUUCUUAGAAAUACUUUCAAAGCUAUGGAAGCCGCAGACUUAAAUACAUCUGUAAUCCAUUCUAAAAUCAGCGAUCUCAAAAUCGAUGGCAUUCGGGAGCUUGAAGCAGUGACCAGCGAGAUGGUGCGCUUGAUUGAAACAGCCACCGUCCCCAUUUUUGCAGUUGAUUCUGAUGGACUUGUUAAUGGUUGGAACACCAAAAUUUCUGAGCUCACCAGGCUUCCAGUAACUGGCGCUGUUGGAAAACAUAUAGCAGCACUAGUUGAAGACUCAUCUAUUGAUACGGUCAGGAAUCUGUUGCAAUCAGCACUUCAAGGAAAAGAGGAGAAAAAUGUUCAGUUCGAGAUCAAAAGGCACCAAUCAAUGGUAGACGGUCCCAUCAGCUUAGUUGUGAAUGCUUGUGCAAGCAAGGAUGUCAAUGGAAAUGUUAUCGGGGUAUGUUUCAUUGCUCAGGAUAUAACUGGUCAGAAAUCAGUUAUGGACAAGUUCACACGAAUUGAAGGAGAUUAUAAAGCAAUAGUACAGAAUCCGAACCCCUUGAUUCCCCCGAUAUUUGGAACAGAUGAAUUCGGGUGGUGUUCAGAAUGGAACCCUGCAAUGUCAAAGCUAACAGGAUAUAAGCGAGAGGAGGUCAUCGAUAAGAUGUUACUAGGGGAAGUUUUUGGGACCCAGAAAUCAUGCUGUCGUCUCAAAAAUCAGGAAGCAUUCGUAAACCUCGGUGUUGUAUUGAAUGGUGCUAUGAGUGGCCAAGAUACCGAGAAAGUCCCAAUCGGGUUUUUCACGCGUAGUGGAAAAUUUAUUGAAUGUCUGCUUUGUGUGAGCAAGAAGUUAGACAGAGAAGGCGCAGUCACUGGCGCUUUUUGCUUCUUGCAGCUCGCUAGUCAGGAUUUGCAGCACGCACUCCAUGUUCAACGACUAGCUGAGCAAGCGGCUCUGAAGAGGCUCAAGGCAUUAGCUUACGUGAAAAGACAGAUACGAAAUCCUUUGUCAGGCAUUAUGUUCUCUAGAAAGAUGCUCGAAGGUACUGAAUUGGGAGACGAGCAAAGGUUACUAUUGCAUACAAGUGCGCAGUGCCAACGACAACUUAACAAGGUCCUAGAAGAUUCAGAUUUGGAUAGUAUCAUUGACGGGUACCUUGAGCUCGACAUGGUGGAAUUUUCUAUCCAAGAUGUACUAGUAGCUUCAAUGAGUCAGGUAAUGACGAAGAGCAACGAGAAGGGAGUUCGGAUAGAGAACGAGUCGUCAGAAGAGUGCCUAAAGGAGACUUUGUAUGGAGAUAACUUAAGGCUUCAGCAAGUCCUGGCAGAUUUUCUGUGGAUUGCAGUGAAUGCUACACCUGCUGGAGGUCACAUUGGACUUAAAGUUGGUUUGGCAAAGGAUAAGAUAGGGGAAUCUGUUCAGCUAGGAAAGUUGGAAUUCAGGAUAUUACAUACAGGCGGAGGCGUAUCAGAAGAAUUACUCGGACAGAUGUUUGAGAGCAGCGGAGAUGCAACUGAAGAGGGUAUUAGUCUGCUGAUAAGCAGAAAGUUAGUGAAGCUAAUGAAUGGAGAGAUCCAAUAUCUGAGAUCUGCUGGCUCAUCGACGUUCAUUAUAUCUGUUGAACUUGCUGUAGCCGAUAAAGCUAUGCAUUAACAUUUAUUUUCGUCUGGAGGAUUCGCUGUUAAGCUAACCUGUCAAACAAGAAAAACGAGUUACAAGAACUAGAAAAACAUCAAGAUUUUCGAGUUUUUGGCAGUCGUAAGCCUUUACCUUUUCCCUAACGAAUACGUUCCUUUCCCUCUUUCAUUCUCUUUUGAGUCUUGUCCUUUACAUUUUGCUUACCUGAUCUUUGUAUUCUGUUUUGAGUUAACCUGUAUAUAUUUUGAGUGACAAUCUCAACUUUUUUCUUGGCUAUAUUGAUAUGUUGCAUAUCUUUUUUUUCAUAUUUGCUUCUAUCAUAAUCAAAUGUCUUAUUAAUAAUGAGUCAAUUUUAAGGAAAAGGAAAGAGGGCCACAUUGGAGGACGGAAGAAAAAAGUGGUAAUUUAUUUAUAAU